AUGCUGAAAUUUCUACUGAUUCUUGCACUGAUUAUUGGUUCCGUGGUAUGUUUUUAGGCCUCACCUUCCAAUCCCCGAUUAUUUUUUAGGAGCCAUUCAAAAUUAGCGUUAUGGGACUGAUCAAAUUUGCCCACUUGGAGGACCUGGCUCACGAUGGCCAGAACAUGUUCAAGUUUGCACUGGAGACUUUCGAAAGGCUCAAACACAACAUAACUAACAUCGACAAAUGCGGUGUUUGCCGGGUUUCGAUCAGGUUUGCCAAGGAUGACGUCAUUCAACGGGGUGCUGGCGCCACUGGAAUGGUCAUGUGUGCGAUUCGGGUAGGGUUGACGUUGAGUUGGAAGGCAUCUCAUCCAUUUUUAGAGCUAUUGCCAUCAAUUUGCCGCUGCCUUGGACAUUUUGCAAAUGGAUAUCACGAAUGCCGGCAAGAUUUGUGAUUAUGGAGCCAAAGAAGGCCGGGCCCUGAUCACUCUCCUUCAAGAGGAGGGCAAAGGAGCAUUGGAUAAAUAUGUGAAUGAGGACACGAUUUGCUACGAGAUGGAUAUCUGUGAUAAACCCUUGGAUCCCACCUACAUAAAGAACGUCACCUUCCAGAACUUGGUCCUGCAGAAGGCCCAGGAGUACGAGGAGAAGGAGAAGAGUCUUGGGUGGAGAUCGGAUCAAACUGCUUUGUUGUCAGUAAUGCUGUUGUUGUUUAUGCUGCAUUUUAGUUGA